ACCCGGAUCUCUUGACUUGCAAAAGGAAAAGUCAAAGCAGAGGCCUGCCUUUCCCGCCCUGUGAAUGGCUGAUGGCCGGGCAAGGAGCGGGGAUGGAAAAAGCCGCGGGCAAAGCCCUGGCCGCUCGGCUCCUCUCUUUCAACGGGCUCUUCGCUAUUCGGAAGCCCAAAGGGCCCACCUCCGCUGCUGUGCUGAACCGGCUCAGGGAAACGCUCCUGGCAGAAGCUGGUAUACCAAAACCUAGUAGGAGGAAGAGGAGUCAUAUGUUGAAGAUUGGCCAUGGUGGGAUUCUGGAUAGCACUGCUGCAGGAGUGUUAGUGGUUGGAGUUGGAAAAGGAACUAAAAUGCUAAGUGGCAUGUUGGCUGGUUCUAAGAAAUACACAGCUGUUGGGGAACUGGGGAAAGCAACAGACACAUUUGAUUCUUCAGGAAAAGUAACAGAAGAAAAACCUUAUGAUCAGAUCACAAAAGAGGAUCUCGAGAAUGUCCUGCAGAAGUUCACGGGGAAUAUCAUGCAGGUCCCCCCACUCUAUUCUGCCCUGAAGAAAGGUGGACAGAGACUGUCAACUCUCGUUAAGAAAGGAGAAUUGGUGGAAGCAAAGCCUGCGAGGCCAGUUGUGGUCUACAAUCUCACUCUUGAAAACUUCAAGCCACCUUUGUUCACAAUUGAUGUUGAAUGUGGCGGUGGCUUUUAUGUCAGAAGCUUGGUCAACGACAUUGGCAGAGAGCUGUCUUCCUGUGCCACUGUGCAGGAACUGACCCGAACCAAACAGGGACCAUUUACACUGGAAGAGCAUGCACUUUCUGAGGACAAAUGGACAAUUGGUGAAAUCGGCCAGUCCCUGGAGCGUUGCAUGCUUCUUCUCCAGGAAGAACCAUCUCGUAAAAAAUUAAAGACAGAGCUGUCUGAAGAACAUUCUGUGUGAGCUGUGAAGAUAAGUGAUAAGUCAGGUCAAGGAAAAAGACUGAAUGACUGAGACGUUUUCAGAUUGCUCUGGGAUUGUCUUGUCUUCCCUCGUAAAUUUACACUCCUGUGCGUAGAGGAUGACAAAUUGCAGUGCAAUGGAAACAAUGCCUUUCUAGCUCUCCUGCUUGUGUUGAGAGACAUAGGAAGAUGUCCAGCAUUUAUUUCAUCCCAUAAUGUCUGUGUCGCAUUGUAAACGUAUUUGUCAGGGAAGCAGGGUCAUCGCUAUACCCUUGAAAGGGGCUUGUAGGACAUUGUUCUUUAAUUUGAUCUCGGGUCCAUGUUUUUGCCAAUACUUGCAUUCUGCUUUUCAAGGGAAAUAAGGCAGUUUGAAAUGUUGAAAUGGAAUAAAAAGAGUUUAUAAGAAGAUUGUAGGGUAAAUGGUACAAUAAAAAUUCAUGAAGUCCAGUAAUGAUAGCAAUUUUUGGAAAAUAUAUUUGAGUCAUACAAAAUAGCCUCACAAUUUUCAUUGAAGGCAUUGGCAUAUAACUGUAUAUUUAUCCAUAUAUAUUUAUGCAGUUAUAUGGGAGGAACUGGGACUGCCUUUCUUCCAGUCUUCUACUUUUUCACUUUUUUUUCUUCCAACCUUCAUUCUAGGUCUGUUGAAAGUAUGAAUAAUGUUCAUGUAUGUUUGAAAAAAAUAAAUGCCAGAUAUUUUAAUAUGAGUUUAUGUACAUAUCUCUUUGUAACAUUAUUAAUGGGAACACUGAUCUUUCCCUAGAUACGUCUUGUCAGUGUAUCUAAAAGGGAUGAAUAAUACCUCGUGUACAGCAUACCUCCAUUAACAAAGCCUCUGGCAAAGUAGCUCAUUUUUCACAAAGCCUUUUUACACCUGCCCAUCACUAUGUAUAUGCUGGUCCUCCAGCUCGCUAGAGGUUUCUUUUAGCAGCAUCAGCAUUAGGAGGAUGGUGAAUAAAAGCUGGACAAAUGGAUUUUGAGUGUCAGAUUGCAGCAACAUUCCUGCAGUAAUCUUUUAAAAUAUUUUUAUUAGAAUUAUAUAAUAUAAAAUAAAAUAUACUAAAGAAAAAUCUGCAUAAUAUAUAAAAACAUAAAGAUGGAGAUUCUGGGCAUACUGAAACAUAAUAAUAAUAGUCUUUAUUUAUAUCCCACCACCAUCUUCCCGAAGGGACUCGGGGCAGCUUACAAAGGCAUAUAACAAAACGGUACAUGAGUAUUAAAAAAUCACAUAAAAUUAUAACAACCACUAUCAACGCAUAUACUGUAACAUAAAAUCAAAAUAGCACAAUUUUACAAUACAGAAAAUCUAUAGAUAAAACUAGCUGCCAUCAAAUCAUAGCUCAAGUGCCAGAGUAUCAACCUCAUAUGGGCCCAUUUCAGCCUACUCUAGGUCAAAAGCCUGUUUAAAAAUCCAUGUUUUUAGGCUGGAUUAGAAAGAUUGAAGGGUGGGGGCUAACCUAAUCUCUUUUGGGAGGGUAUUCCAGAGCCAGGGAGUCACCAUAGAGAAGGCCCUCUCUCUUGUCCCCACCAACUGCACUUGAGACGGUGGUGGGAGCGAGGGAAGGGUCUUCCCUGCUGAUCUCAAAGCCCGUGCCGGUUCAUAGAAAGAGAUAAGGUCUCAAAGAUAGGUUGGACCCGAAGCGUAUAGGGCUUUAUAGGUAAUAACUUUCACCUUGAAUUGAGCCCUGAAACUUGUCAGAAGCCAAGUUUCAGCAACAUUUCUGCAUUAUGUACCUUCACGCUGUGUCCUGGUUCAGGAAAAUUAUAGGUAUUUGUUGGUUGCUUUCAGUCUUAGCCAAGAAUUAAGCUUCCCAUGUUGAUGUUCGGCUUUGAUUAGCAGAUACUGGGAAGAUGAAUUUGUUUUACAAGCUGGUUCUUCAGUCUGAUUCAGGAAAGUCAGCCUUGCAUUCCAUUAACAAGAUAAUUAACCAAACUUUCCUCUUUUUACUAGGGAUGCCUAAGCAGAGGCUGAAUUGCCAUUUGUCAGGGAUAUUGUAGCUGUAUCCUCUGAAGACCCUGCUUUGAUCAGUGGGGUGGACUGCUUGAUCUCCAAAGUUUUCUUCCAGCUCUUAAUAGUUGACCAGAUCCAAGCAUCAUAACUCUUCUGCUUUGUAUUUUCUACAAGAUCAAUAGCCUGCUGUGGCAGUUUGCACUCCAGAGAAACGAAAUAUUUUCCCAUGAGUAUGCCACAAACAAGAAUGGUUUAGGAAGAUUUUUAGUAAAUAAGCAGCUCAUAUAAAUGCACUUUGUAAACGGGAAACAUACAUGGCAUGCUAUAGAAUUUAGAAUGCUUGAAGUCAUUAUGACUAUGCUUAAUAUGUAAGUAUUGAAAGAAAAUUAGAUGCCAACUUGAAUGUUCAUUGAUAGCUACUACCAUCAACAUCUUUUUCUAUGCAGGUGUUGGUUUGAACUAUUAAGUGGUUGUAUUUAUCCUUUUCAUGUCUAAAUCUCAAGAAGGCCAGUAAAGUUUAAUGUUAAAUCUCUUAAUUACUUUUGCUAAUUUUUGAAUUUGGGUUGCAGUUACAUGUUAUUGAGCUGCAACUUCCAUCCAUCCUGUCCAUUGAUUGUGUUGGCUAGGUUUUCUGGGAGCUGCUAUCUAGCAAUAUAUGAAGGGCUCUAUAAUUUCCACCUCUGGAGCCCCUGGUGGCCAAGGGGAUAAAAACCUCGUAACUUGAAGGUUGGGUUGCUGACCUGAAAGCUGCCAGGUUCGAAUCCCACCCGGGGAGAGUGCGGAUGAGCUCCCUCUAUCAGCUCCAGCUCCAUGCGGGGAGAGAAGCCUCCCACAAGGAUGAUAAAACAUCAAAACAUCCGGACGUCCCCUGGGCAACGUCCUUGCAGACAGCCAAUUCUCUCACUCCAGAAGCAACUCCGGUUGCUCCUGACACGAAAAAAAAAAAAAUCCACCUCUGAUUUAGAAACUGAGUUAUAGUUUAGAUGGUAAAUAACCAUCAGCCUUUUCAAAGUUCUGAUCCAAAAAUACAUGUAGAGAACCUCUCUUCUUUCCACUUUGUGUGGUGAUACUUCGGUUGAUCUUGCACUCUGGAUGACAUAUUAGUAGAGUCUCGCUUAUCCAACUUUCGCUUAUCCAACAUUUUGUAUUAUCCAAUGCAGUUUGCCUUUCAGUAGUUAUUUUUGUAGUCAAUAUUUUAAUACAUUGCAAUUUUUUGGUGCUAAAUUCGUAAAUACAGUAAUUACUACAUAACGUUACCAUCUAUUGAACUGCUUUUUUGUCGAUUUGUUGUAAAACUUGAUGUUUUGAUGCUUAAUUUGUAAAAUCAUAACAUAAUUUGACGUUUAAUAGGCUUUUCCUUAAUCCCUCCUUAUUAUCCAACAUUUUCCCUUAUCCAACGUUCUGUCGGUUCGUUUGUUGGAUAAGUGAGACUCUACUGUACAUACAAGAUAAAGGCCAAUGGCUUGGAAAACUGUGAUUACAUACAGCCAGUACUUUUCUAGUAGUGUCACACAUUGAGACUGACGGUUCAAGAAUAUAUGUAAAUGCAUUUCUGGAUUUAAAGAUUGUAGUUUCUAGUAGAGUUCCUUUCCAAAGAACUGACAAGUUUAAUGCAAUACUCUGGGUACUUUUGUAAAAAAAAAAAUCUAUUCCUCGGGCCAAAACUAUUUUCAAUUCUCAGCACAUUUUACCAUUAGCUGUCGUCUGUAUUUUAGUGAGAUCCAAAAAUAGAUAUUAAUGCAUUGUUAAUCUUCUCUGGUCCAGUGCUCCCAUUUCUAAUUUUUUUUUCUCUUGGCAAUGUCUUUCAAAUUUCAUAAGAUUGUUGGCAUGAAUGACAGUUGCAGACUCUGAUUUCUCCAAUAAGAUGCAGUCAGCAUACUAUAUCAAAUGAUGAUGAUUUAAAAAGGACUCUGGAAAACAGCCAAUACCGAAUGCAUCAGCAGCAGAACUGGAUCUGAGAAUAUCUGCAGGGAAUGUGGUUCCAUCUGUGAUAGGUACUUUUGCCUUCUAGAAUACUCUCUUCCAAGUGCAUCUUCAUUUCCAGGAGAGAGAGAUGGCUGGUCUCACCUGGUGUCAUCUAACACUCUUUCUUUAUUCUCUCUUUUAAACUACUGCCAAGUUGUUUUAGGUACAGUUACUUUCUUUUUACUUCUUUGCUUUUUCUCACAUGAGAUUUGGGCUUGUACAGUACGGCUUCCAUACUCACAAAGCAUGUAUUUAAAAACACCCAUACCCACACACCAUGGGUAUAUGAAACUAUGGAUAACAUAAUAAUAAUAAUAAUAAUAAUAAUAAUAAUAAUAAUAAUAAUAAUAAUAAUAAUGAUAAUAAUUAUAAUAAUUAUAAUAAUUAUAAUAAUUAUAAUAAUUAUAAUAAUUAUAAUAAUUAUAAUAAUUAUAAUAAUAAAUCCAGCAUAUCUAUCUUGUUUGCUGUGUCAUAAUAAUGUAUAAUAAUAAUAAUAAUUAGUAUUAGUAUUAAUAUUAUUAUUUACUGUAUUUCUAUAUCGCUUCUUCACCCAUAGGGGGACUCAGAAUGGUUUACAACAUAGUAAUGGCAAAAUUCAAUGUCAAAUAUACAUGUAAAAACCAAAUCAUAAUAACUAAACAAUAAACAUAUAUCUAUGCAUUAAAAUCAUUAAGACCAUUAAAACAUAAGACAUAAGCAACACUUAGAAAUUAAGACAUAGAGUUAAAACACCUAAUAUAAACAUUAAAAUCACGUGAUCUAAAAUCGUAAACCGAGGCCAAUUGCACACAUUCCCUAUUUAUUUCUUGCACUGCAUUACUUUACUAGCCAAAAGCUUGGUCCCACAGCCAUUUCUUUGUUGUCUUUCUCAAUCUUGGUGUAUUGGUUUUUGGGUCUGUUCUUGGGGUUAUUUGGGGCACUAGUUCAGAAAAUUGUAUUGAAUAGACCGCAUCAUAAUGAGGAAAUAUGUGCAAUGAUAAUCAGAAUGGACAUGGUGUACGAUUUUUGAUCAUGUUAUUUUAAUAUUUAUAUUAGGGUGUUUUAAUGUUUUAUCUUGGUGUUUAAAUGAUGUAUAUGCCUAUGUUUAAUAGAUUUAAUUAUUUUAAUUUAUAUGUCAGUGUCUAGUUAUUAUGAUUUUUUAUUAUAUGUGUGUUGGCACUGAAUUCUUGCCAUUAAUAUGUUGUAAACUGCUUUGAGUCCCCCCAGGGGUGAGAAAAGUGGUAUAUAAAUAUAAUAAAUAAAUAAAUAAUAUCUAGUUUA